CCCCAGCUUCUCCGUAUGUGCGCGCUUUGAAUAAUUUCAUCCUUUUUGGCAAAGGAAAUAAUGCACCUGACUUUACCAGGGGGAAACAACCAGCCGAGCCGAACAAGGAACAGAUGUCAAAGGAAUAAAAAGAGAGAGAAAAGGAGACGAGACUAGUGUAAAGAGAUCCAGGGGCUCAAAAGGUGGCUGACAGCGGUGGAAGCGGCUCCAGCUCCCCCGGCCUGUCUGCGCGAGCUGCGGGAGAAGGACGUCUUCACCAGUUGCAGAUGUAACCACGGGAACUCCUGCGUCUGUCGGUUUGUUUGCCAAACAAAGUCUUUUCUUCUUUGGCUCAGAUACCGAAGAGGCUCCUGGAUUUUUCUGCCACUCCGCCACAAGCUAGCAGUUACCAGGGAGCCUUCCCAAGGAGCUGGCGGAGACAUGAGCCCUUCAGGGCGGAGGAUGGGUGAAGGGCGUCCAGCCUGGAAGCGCCUCCUGCUCCCUGGAAGCGGAGGGUCACCCCGCGGGCGGCAGGGCGGUGGCGCCGGGGCGCAGCGCGUCCUGCUCGGGCUCUGCGUGCACGCGUGGCUGUGGGCGGCCUCGGGCUCGUCUGCCCAGGUGUUCAACCUCAGCCUUUCCGUGGAUGAGGGCCUUCCUCCGGACACUCUGGUCGGCGACAUCCGUGCGGGGCUGCCGGCCACGCAGCAGCAGCAGGAGAAGGGCGGCUUCUUUCUGUCGGAGGAUUCUGAUGACUCUCCGCUGCUGGAUGACUUCCAAGUGCACCCGGACACAGGCAUUAUCCGCACGGCGCGGCGCCUGGACCGCGAGCAGCGCGACCACUAUAGCUUCGUGGCCGCCACGCUGCUGGGCGCGGUGGUGCAGGUGGAGAUUCAAGUCAACGACGUGAACGACCACUCGCCCCGCUUUCCUCUGGACUCCCUGCAACUCAAUGUCUCCGAGCUCAGCCCACCAGGUACCGCCUUCCGCCUGCCAGGCGCCCGAGACCCGGACGCUGGGCUUUUCAGCAUACAGGGCUACACCCUGGUGCAACCGUCCAACCUGCCUGAGGACCCCGCCGGACCUUUUUUCCAGUUGCGCUACGGGGCCCCGGGGUCGCCACCUUCGCUGCCGUCCUCGUCGCCCCUUGAGCCCCUAGACGUGGUGCUGCUUCGGCGCUUGGACCGAGAGGCGGUGGCGGCACACGAGCUGCAGAUCGAGGCUUGGGACGGCGGUCUCCCGCGGCGCACCGGCCGCCUGCGAGUGGAACUGCGAGUGCUGGAUGAGAACGACAAUCCUCCAGUCUUUGAGGAGAGCGAGUACCGUGCUGCGGUUCGCGAGGACGCUCGGCCCGGCACCGAGGUCUGUCGCGUGCGCGCCACCGACCGUGACCUGGGGCCCAACGGCCACGUACGCUACAGCAUCCGCUCCCGGCAGGCUCCCGGGGCCGGAGGUAGCGGCGGGACGCUGGACGACGCGGCCUACUUCGUGGUGGAGGAGCUGAGCGGGGUGGUGCGGGUGCACAGGCCGCUGGACCGCGAGGCGCAGGCCUGGCACCAGCUGGUGGUGGAGGCCCGUGACGGAGGCGCUGAGCCCGAGGUCGCCACCGUGCGCGUGUCCAUCGCGGUGCUGGACGUGAAUGACAACCCGCCCGCCAUUCAUCUACUCUUCCUCACCGAAGGAGGGGCCGCGAGCGUCUUCGAGGGCGCUCGAGUCGGCGACUAUGUGGCUCGGGUCUCGGUGUCAGACGCGGAAGGUGAUCCAGAGAAGGAAGGGGAAGCCGCCGGGGAGCUCGAUGGAGGCCUCGGAGUCGGGAGCGUCUCUCUGACCUUGGAGGGCGGUGAGGGAGCCUUUGUGCUGCGGUCCGGAGGCUCCCCAGGAGUAUUUUUCCUUUGCGUCGAGGGGCCCCUAGAUAGGGAGAGCCGAGACCUGUAUGAUUUGCGACUGGUGGCCACAGAUGCGGGAUCCCCGCCGCUGAGCACCGAGGAGACGCUGCUGCUCCGGGUUGCUGACCUCAAUGAUCAGCCACCUGUCUUCAGCCAGAAGCAUUACUGGGCCUCGGUGUCUGAGGCCGCGGCUCCUGGCACCAUGGUCUUGUGCGUCAGCGCCUCCGAUGCAGAUGAGCCUGGCACGGACCAUGCCAGGCUGCGCUACGCGCUGCUCCCUCUCCCCGCUCUCUGUAACCCAGAGACUCCGAGGCCCCCCGCUGAGUGCGGACCAUCCUUCAGCAUUGAUCCCGAGAGUGGUGUGAUCAGCACCACCCGGAGCCUGGACCGAGAGGCCCAGGAGGCCAUAGAACUGAGAGUGGUGGCCCACGACCUCGGAGAGGCCCCGCUCUCGGCCACUUGCCUGGUGAGCAUCGCCGUGGACGACGUGAAUGACAACGAGCCCGUUUUCCUGAAACAGGUGUACAACGCCACGCUUCCGGAGCACGCCCCAGUUGGGCACUGCUUUCUGCAGGUGAGCACAUCAGGCCUGCGGAUCAAGGGGAGGCCUGGGAAGGGAUGGAGAAGAUGUAAGUUCAGAAAGGAUUUUUUUUGUGUAUGAUGUGGAUAGUUAUACUCGAGCUCAGAAAGCAGAGGACAUGGGGUCUGGUUCCUGCCCUGCAGGGAGAUGAAUGGGUGCCCUCCCGGCAUCUAGCCCUUCUGCUGGGGCUUGAACUGAAUGGUCACUUAAGAUCUUUUCUGCUUCACAUGAUCUUUGGAUCUUGAUUUUGCCCAUGGAAUUCUGAUUUCCCUCUGUCUGGAUCUGAGCACCCACAUUGGUUUGGAAGGAGCCACCGAUUCUCAGUUUUGCUUCUGAACAGUGUGCAGAUGGCAGUGUCUUGCGUAUUUGAACAUCAUCACGUGCACACUGGGGGAGUAAGGUGGCCCUCACAUGCCAGUUUUUCAAAUAAGCAAGUGUGUGGCCUUAAACACUGAAACUCUUUUGACUAACCAUUUACAGAGACUUAUUACACAUUGUCCUACCUUCUUUGGGAACUUAGAAGAACUAAUUGAGGAUACCAAGUCAUUUUUACCAAUUUUACCAGACCUCCAAUGAUGUCUUCAAGACUGAGGAGGGGCAAGUUUCAAUCAUCCUUUAUAAAAUGGGUGAUAUCCUUUACAAAGGGAUCUCAGAAUGUUGUAAUAUGCACCCUUCUAGCAGUAAUUCUUAUGGCUUCCAAUUUCCUAGUAGUUAUCUGAAGCUAUCUGAUGUGAGAUAACAAACUGGAUUUCCAAGACUGUUUUAUUUACAUCAAGAUGAUCUGAGUGAAUAACUGGAGCCUGAGAGGCUAACUAGUGAUCAAAGCUGUAAAGUGCCAUUUAGCUCUCAGGCUGGGUUGUUUUAAGACCUCUGUAGCUUAUUUCUUGGUUCUUAGGGGGUGAGGCUAAAGCCUUAUAAGUCAUGUCUCAGUAACCUUUAGAUAAUUUAAGAUGCCACUAUAUUUUAAACAUGAGUUACUUGACUGGUUUGCUGUCUUUUUUUAAUCCUUUGUAUCUUAGGUAAGUGGUAUAGAUAAUAAUCUCUACCACUUUCUCUGGCAUGAUUGGCAACUCAUUAGUUGCUAGGUAAUUAAAAGAAGGCUUGAAAAUCAAUUAAUGCUUGCUGCUGAAAGAGAGAGAUCUGUGAAUGCUAAUGGAAGUUUAUUUACAUCUCAAGCAGAGUCUGAUAGGAUGAGGGUUGGCUGGUCCUUCUCCAUCCAAGGUAGGGCCAGGUCUGGGGGUGACUUAGCUUAGGUCCAUCAGUGUCCGGCUGGUCAGAGCUUAGCUAUAUGGUGUACCGCAAAGGUGGCUGAGAAAUGGAGAGGGCCACAAGGCUGCUGGUGGGGACUGGUAGGGUCUGCCACAGAUGUCAAAAACUGAGGUCCUUAGAGUUGAGAGGUUGGACUAGAUAAUUUUUAAGAUUUCUUUCAUCUGAAAGAGCUUAAAGGUCUUGGUACAAAACAGUACAACUUGACUCUAUUUGAAGGAAAAUAAGCAGGGUGUAAUUAAUUAAUUACAAUUAAUUGUAAUUCCUUUGACUAGA